CUCGUUACCGUGGCGACGACAACAAGCGUGGGGCGAGCCGACGGUAUUAUAAGGACAAAAAUGGGGGGAAAGACCCACACACUUCCUGCCUGACUUCCUGGACGCCCACCAAAACCUUCCAGGGCUCAUUAUGCCGGCUCGCUGCAUGGGAACGAGCGGGAGCGAUAAAACCAGGAGGCGCUUUGCCGCGGUGGGGGUGUAACGGCAUCUGUUGGCCUCUAAGGCUCUCCGGAAAACCCCCGACACUCCUCCAGUCACGGCAACAUCCUUGAAGUCGGUUGCACACCGAUCCACGCGGCCGAACUAGAACUCACUUCACUAGCGAUUGGAGAUUUGAGGACAGCUUCCAUCUUGGAUGUGAAUGAAGUGGCUGGUGUCCUAAUAGGAUGGAAAUAUGAAGAAGAAUAGUGAGGACACCAGGUUUCAUCAUGCCCAAGGAAACCACUUCCGACUGGCGGGAGCGAGUCUGCACGCCGCUACAUCUCAACGGUGCCAAGUCAGCCAACAUCCAUGAAACCCCAGGACCAAACAAAUAAUUGUGAAUUGCAUGAGACUGAUUCGACCCCUUCUAGGACUCUCACCCGAGCAACUAGUCUCCUUCAGCUCCCUGCCAGUUUCCUCCAGCCCGCUGAGUCCGUCAGAGGUGCCCCCUCCUCCUCCGCGCCUGGUCGACGGUGCCCCCAUUUUUUCUGUGAGGCCGAUUAUGGACUCCAGAAGAAGGGGCAGGGGGGUACAGUAUCUGGUCGACUGGGAGGGAUAUGGCCCAGAGGAACGGCAAUGGGAUCCUGGAUCUCAUCACCCUGAGAAACCUGUACCUGGGUUCUGGUCGGUGGGCGGAGUCUCCGGCGAUGCAGCUGCUGGUGAUUUGUCAUCAGCAGUGUAUUUAAUCAUGGGAGACCCAGGAGAAGAACGCCAAGAAAUUGUACUUUGCUUGCCAGCUUUGUUGCAUUCCCACGUUCAUCCCGUCCUGCCUGGUACUCUAAUGUCCUGGCAUGCGGGCAAGGACAGCCACAGUCGAUGAUGCCCUUUCGGACGUUUAUUGAACGAGACAAACAGUCAAACACACAAAGGCAAAAAUGAGAACGGGCUGCUGUAGGUCACCGCUCACGCCCAGACACUCACGCGCAGACUGACCGACACUAUCUCCUGAUGUCACUCACUCGGUCACUCCCCUUAAAGGCACACAACCAACACAUGGAUAUUAAGACGACACAAUUUCCUGUUCCGAGUGGCGAGCUUCUGACUGCGUGCCUGCGAAGGGGACUGAAUGUAAUCUUUGGGGCUCCAAGCAAGAGCCGCGCCUCCCAGGAGGAUUCCCGCAACGAAAAACCUUGAACUACUGCCCGGGUGGCUAAGGCACGCACCCCAGAAGGAGCAAGCACGUUACCCAAUGAAUUGAAGCAGAAAAUGUGGUUUGAUUGACAGCUAGCAGGUCUGGUGUCUAGUGAGGCCAGCUGCCGCGUCGCCGUGACAACAGCCCUAAGGUGCAACUUGACAAGUGGACCAUCUUGAAGGCCUGUCUGGGCUCGGCCUGUCUGGGCUCCCGUGGACGUUCCGGUGAGGAUGAGUCCGUCCGAGAGGAAGAACUCAGCGGCCCGAGCCGUCUCCGCCGCGCUCACAUCAGACGUCAGAGCGUGAGAACUGCGGCCACACACACACACACACACACACUAAAUCGUCAUUUUCGAUUAUUUAGUUCAUUCAUUCACUUAUUAUUCACGCAACCGUAGAGCUUUUGAAAGCCAAGACGUGGAAUGCUACGCAAUGGCCAAAGUCAAUCACCUGACCUGAAUCCGAGCGAACAUGCAUUUCUGCACUUGCUGAAGGCAAAACCGACGGGAAAAUGCCCCCAAGCAGCAACGAGCAGGCAAGUGAAGGCAGUUGCAGUCGAGGCCUGGCAGGGCUAAUCAGCGAUCAAAUCCAGCGUCUGCUGAGACCCGGAUUUUCACGACCGUAAGGUGCACUUCAAAGUCUUACAUUUUCUCCAAAAUGGACGGUGCGCCUUAUAAUGCGGCGUGCCUUUGGUGUGCACGCCCACCGUGUUUGAUGGAGAACUUGCCCAGCUGUUCAUUUCGGAUUCAGAACAUGAGGACUUUGAUGGAUUUGUGGAAUGCGGAUUGAUCCAAAAAAUAAAAAAUAAAUAACGUGAGUACAUUGUUAAAUACUUCGAUAAAGUACAACCGAACUCACUUUUGCUCCCGCUGCCGUUUUAAAAACGAGGUACCUGUGUUUCUUCUUGAUGUCCGUGAAAACGAGGACGUCCUCCGCUCCGACGCUCUUGCGGUACCUUAGAAGUUCUCUGGCGUAAGCGUGGACCAAAUCCUCGUCGGCUACGUGGGAAAGCACGAAGCCCUCCGCACGGAUGAAGUCGCCGCCUGACAAUCCAAGAACAAUGAAGACGCACAACCUCGCUGGAACCUCAAAAAGUCCAGCGCAAUCUCCUCCCACACAGUGGAUUCACCAUACAACCAUAGAAUUCAUCUGUGCCUGAUUCAAACUGUGGCCAUUGACACACCCUUAUUAACUCUCAAAGCCAAUUAAUAAUGUUUGUAAAUAACAGGCCCCAUUCCUCCCAGGUGGCAGUAAAGUGAGUGGCUACCACUGCCCCCAAUUUGUUCAAAUUUUCCAAGAAUUGAGCGAGAGACCUGAUGCGAGAGUGACAGCGAGCGCCUGCUGGUUCUGGACGCCGAUGGGGAUGGACGGACAAUCACUGUAAAUGGUGGCAAGUAUGAAUGCCCUUUUAACAUGCGGUACAUUGACGGUAGAAAAACGUUGGAAAUUAUGUUUUUUAUGUCACAAAAACCUUGCAUUUGAACAGGGGUGUGAAGACUUUUUCUACCCUCCGAAGAUGGGCAUGUCAUCUGCCUGCUUAUAAGUGUGAUAAGAAGUUGGGAUGUUCUAUAAGUUGAGCUAGAGGCAGCAUGGAGUUGUUGAACAGAAGUGUACUAUGAGUGGACUCUUGGGGUGCCCCGCAUGGCUCGGUCAAUGUGCUCCUGCUUACCAGGCCUGCAUCGCGGUAUACGCUCGCCUCCCUGCAGGCCUCUUCGAUGAUUCGGGACAUUUCCAUGCAUCCGAGUGGAGAGCCUGUCAAACGGAACAAUUGAAUACCAUUUGUAUUCCCAUGGGAAAGAACGCAAACAAAAAUAAUCUGUUCCAGGGAAACUAAAUUCAUGAAUGUAUGUAAUGUAAAGUUAUAGAUCAGUGUUACCUGGCAAAGCUUGAACGUGGAUCAUUCCAAUUACGACACAUUUUAGAUGUCCGAAGAGGUCCAACCACUUCAUAUUUUGUCACUUUAUGCAGCAAGCAGGGAGCAAAGAACAACUUUUUUUUUUUUGCAAGCCACUUGUCACGUGACCGUCCAAAAGUCCACUUGCGAGGCAUUGACAGCCAAACUAGCACAGAAAAAUACUGUACGUCUAUUCAUUUUCUAUAGCGCAUGUCCUCAUCGGUGUGGGCGGGCUGAGCCGCAGUCCAUCCGAGCUGACUUCGGGCCAGAGGUGGGGCACACCGUGGACUCUGCCCUAUCGUUGUCUGGCAACCAUCAAAUUAAACUGUCUAUAUGUAUGCUGACAACGAUCUGGAUUCACAGCAUUGUGAAUAAUCAGAAUCAUCUUCAUUUUGCCAAGUAUGUCACAAGGAAUUUGUCUCCGGUAGUAGGAGAUAAUGUCAUUAUCCCACAGCAAAAAGUGAUCUUAGAAAAAUAAGUAAUGAGGACUAUAUUAAGCAAAAUUAUCUUUCAUUAAAACAGGAUAUUUUGACUUGGCAACAUUUCUAAAAGCAAGUCGUACAGAAGGUACAAUGUGUGCAUUAGCAUUUGAGUCACUGCUCAAAUGUUGUAAAAAGUUGCCACAAUAAAUAAAAUAAAUAAAUAUGCUCCAAGGCGGAUUAGUGGCGAGGGUAGUCUGAAAACUUGAUAAAGCCAACAACAAAAAGUACUAAAUUGGAAUCAAUGACCAGGCCUGGCAAAAGGAGGGGCGACUUGCUUUAACUGGCAACCCGCAGCAGAAAUGGGCGCCAUGGCUGAAAAAGCCGCGAGCUAACGUCAUCAAACAUGUCUCUCUUGUCGUCAAACGAGCGUCGCGACCGACGUGGCAGCGAGCCGCAACCUUUCCCCGAGAGUCACCGAGCACCUUCGCUGCGCGUUUAACCCACAAACCGGCCGUUCUGGUCUUCAGUCGCGCUUCAAGUGCAUCGACUCGGCCCUUUGUUUACAUCCGACGGACUAGCCACGCGGUGCCGGCUACUUCCGCCUCGUAGGCCCCGCCCACGCAGCUGUCACCCGACCGUCACGCCUCCACGCGUUCACCGGCGGCCACAAUUAGUUGCAAACUCCACGAUCAGAAGGAAGCAUUCGCCACGCUUUUUCGAACGCUUCCACGCGCGAAAGUAUCGUCGUUUUGCGGCUGGGCGCGAGCGACUCGGCGGCGCGUUGCGGGGCGGAAGGGGGCCGUCGGGAGGCGGAGAAGAAGACGUUUGAGCGCCAAGUUAAAUCGCCUCCUCCCCGCUUGACGCGCCAGCCCGCUCAUUGCGACCCGCCGCCGGCCUGCUGCGACCACGCACUCACGGAGCUCCUCCGAGACGACGAACGCCAUCGAGCUGAUCGAUGCGCUCAUUGAUCGAUCCAGCUCAUGAUCGACUUUUGCUCGUGACCGCGAGUGAACUUCAAGAGAAGCGUCUUGAGGUGAGUACGACCGACUCUCAAUCGCAUCGACGCCAUUUAACGCCCAAUCGAUCAAUGGAGGCGCUCAAUCCGAUCGUUUGGUCUCAUUUUCGCAACAUAGUCGACGCAGCUGCGUCGGCCAUGAUGAAUCCAGCCAGAUGUCCAAAGUUUGUGAAAGGAAAAAGAACACGUCGCCAGGACAAAUCCACCCAAAUAAUAAUAAUAACAACCUGACGUGUUUUGUGAGUUUACGCGGAGUUUCGUGAGUUUCGUUUUGAGUGGUUUUUUUUUUUUUUUUUUUUUUUUGGCGACUUGAAACUGUUGCCGGGCUUUGUCAGCUGAGCGUGGGGCGGGGGUGAGGAGUGGGCGCUUGUUCUCUCUUCAAACUCCCCCAAAGUGACUUUAAACGACUUCUUCCUCACAGGUUGACUCCCGCCCCUUCCCCCGAAGACCGCCGGCCUUGCGAGUAGAAUGCCGGGCAGUCGGGAAGAAACGGAACGAGACGCCGAGCGUGUUGCCCCCGAGGCGGCCAACGUGAAGUCGACGAGGCCGAGGAAGAGGAAGGCAGAUGUUGCCAUUUAUUUACAUGAUGUGGACCAGGACGCGGCAUACACGACCAAGAAGAAGAAGCAGCAGCGAGGAUGUGAGGCGUCGUGGCAGUCUGAGGAGGACGGCGCGUGCGCGAGUCCCCAACAGCGGACGCCCACGCUGGAGCACGACGAGAAGCGUCAGCAGCACGUCACGUUGAUCAACGCCGGCUUCCCGCACUACAACUUCGCAAACGUCUUUGCUACACCCGUGCACUGUGCACCUCUGCCUACGCUAUGUUGGGCGUGUAAGGACGUGGUGUGGAACAACAUGCUUGCCAAGGACAAGACGUACACGCGCAACGUCAACAUGAUGGACAAACAUCCUCACCUUCAGCCCAAGAUGAGAGCCAUUCUUCUCGACUGGCUCAUGGAGGUGAGCGAAGUAUACAAGCUGCACCGCGAGACGUACCACCUGGCUCAGGACUACUUUGACCGCUUCAUGGCCACGCAGACUAACGUCUUCAAGUCCACGCUGCAGCUCAUCGGCAUCAGCUGCCUCUUCAUCGCAGCCAAAUUCGAGGAGAUGUACCCUCCCAAAGUGCACGAGUUUGCCUACGUGACGGACGAAGCCUGCACCGAGGACGAGAUCCUCAGCAUGGAGAUCAUAAUCGUGAAGGAGCUGAAGUGGAGUUUGAGCCCGCAGACGCCCGUGUCCUGGCUCAACGUCUACAUGCAGGUGGCCUACCUCAAGGAGUCGGACCAGCCGCUCAUCCCCAAAUACCCUCAGGCCACCUUUGUUCACAUUGCAGAGCUUCUGGACGUGUGCAUGCUUGACAUGCGCUGCCUGGAGUUCUCCAACGGCGUCCUGGCCGCCUCGGCCCUCUUCCACUUCUCGUCUCUGGAGUUGGUAGAGAACGUGUCGGCGUUGAAGCGGGCGGAGCUGGAGGAGUGCGUGCGGUGGAUGGUGCCGUUCGCCGUGGCGCUGCGGGAGUCGGGCGGCUCGCCCACAAAGACGUUUGCGGGAGUGGCCGCGGAGGACAUGCAUAACAUACAGACGCACGCCCCCUACCUGACGUGGAUGGAGAAGGCGUCGUCCUACCAGGACUCGGACCUGGAGCGUCACCGCGAGUGCCAGGUGCCGUACGGCAUCCUCACGCCGCCUCUGAGCAGCGAGAAGACCGACGACGACCGGGACGCGGCAGCAGCCGCGCCGCAAAUGCGACCCAGGAUGCACGCGGCCGAAUGGACGCUAACCCUGUAGAAU